UAUUUUGUUGCGACGAUUGAGAAGAGUGAGAAUUGGAGUUAAAUAAAAUGAUGAGAAUGUCAAUGGAAUCCAUGGCAAAACGGAGGAAGUUUUUUGAGGGUGCAGAGGCUGAUAUUUGCACUCUCAUUGAAAGUGCAAUCCUGGUUGCAGCGUCCGAUUGCCCUCAUCAAUUUAAGAAGAGGGAGAGACAAGAUUAUGGAGAAGCUUUACACAUCUACAUCUACAUCUACAUCCCACUCUCAACAUCAACAUAAAAGUAGCUGGAGAGAGGUGGCAAAUGAAGAGAUAAAAUCUACUGGAAAUGUUGCUACAGCUGCAAUAGCAGGCACAUCUACAAUGCAAGAAAUGCCUGAAACAAAAAUGGAUGCCAAUCAGUGUAGCAAGCAAAACAUUGCCUUAGAAAACACAAGAAAUGGGGUGCUAAAAAUGGAUGAUGAAAAGCAUUCAGAUAUAGAGCGUCAAUGUAGUAAAUACAAGGUUUUCAGAAUUGGUCCUACUCCAGGGAGACUGAAAAUUGUAAGGCAGCGACAUAUGUCCUCUGUAGAUAAUUUGCAUGACAAGUUGGAUUUCAAGCCUACCUCUCUUCCUUCCCAAACUAAAUUGAAAUCUCGUGAUGAUAAAUCUGUAAAAGAGAAGAUAGAAGCAUCAAAGAAAAGGCUUCAAGAUGGGUACCAACGAGCUGAAAAGGCGAAGAAGCAACGCACAGUUAAAGUAAUUGAAUUGCAAGACGUACCGUCAUUGAAAUCUAUGAGGCCAACUCAGAUGCGAGCUUAAGGAGAUAUGAAAGAUAGAAGAUGUUUUUUUGAAGGGCUGGAGAGAAUUUGUUCCAAUGUAUUAGCUACAGAAGAUGUUUCAAAGGAGAGUUGCCACAAGUCCAAUGUGACAUUCUUGAAUAAUUGGAGGUUGAAUCUUUGUAUUUAGUUCAAUUCUUGACAUCACAUUUGAUGAUGUGUUAUUAUAUGUAAUCAUUUAUAGAUACCGGCUAGGAUCAAGUCUCAAGGUGUAGAAACUGUAAGAUUAGAAAGGCUGAAAGCAAGCUAUUCUGUAAGCUCUGUAUUUUGAAUGGAUGUCAUAAAAUUCUGAGAUCCAGAGGCCACUUCCUUGAGAUCCUCUGCUUUAUGUAAAAAGUAUCCGGCUCUGUAAAUAUUUGGCAUGGGUUUUCCAUAAUUCAUUAAGCAUUAAUUUUAAGAAUGUUCUUCA